CCUGCCUUCCCCUCCCAACAGCAGGCAGGGGCACACAGACGACCACACUCUCCAGCCAAACCCUAAUUGUGUGUGCGUGUGUCUGCAUUUUUUUCCCCCCCCUGACAUGAAGAAGGAAACUAAGUGAGUAUUUGUUCUCUGUGCCUCUGAAUUGUAGUCCUGAGCCUUUUGAGUCGUUCUGCUUGACAAGAAAAAGUGGAGGUGGCAGAAUUUAGCUGUGACAAAUUACUGGAGUUCGGCUAAAAUGUGCCGUUGUUGGAUGCCCUUCAUCCUGGCCUGGGUAUCCAUGGCAACUCCAACACUCUGCCAAAGUGGAGACUGGGGUUCAGGCUUUGACAUCUACUCUGCGGUAAUGUCCACCAACGCCACCACGCAGGCGAUUGGUGAUGAACCUGAGAGGAUGAGUGACAACAAGGACUGGAUCACAUCCGCAGCUUUCUCACCAUCAUCCUUACCUACGCUACAGUAUGAACCUCAUCCGGACAAGUGCUCAGUCCACUUCAGCACAAACGCUGCUUUACUUCGGAGACAGAAGGCACAGAAAGAAGAGCUGGCCUACCUGCAGGCCAUCCAGCAUGGAAACAAGGCAGUGAUUGAGAACUUGGCACAGUUUGUGGGAGCAGAGCUGGGAGAUCAGAGCUACGAAGAUGUGAUUAAGGAAAACAUAAUUGGCAUCCAGGAGGACCAGAAGAGCUGCCAUGAAGUGGUAGAGAAAGCAGAAGAGGAUCUAGAAAAGCAGCUGGAAGGAGAAGUGUCAAGCGCCAUCACUGGGAUGCAGAAGAUCAGAGAGGAGUCCAGAGCCUUUGAAGACAUGCUUCGUGCUGCUGCAGACAUUGCCAACAGGCUGGAGAUCUCAUCGCAGGUCCUGCAUGCUUCAUUCACCAAGCAGCUGAAAGACAUUGCCAAAAGACAUCGUUAAGAAGGUGCUGAAGACCUUGGACGCUGCACACGUCAUCCCCAGACUUGUGAAAGGUGUUUAUUAUACUGUGUGAGAAAAUAAGGCAAAUUAUCCAUCCUGCAAUUUUAUAUUUUCACUUAACCAUGUGGGAUUUACAGCACUGAGAUACAACAAUGUGUCAAGGUCAGUUUUUACGUCAACUGUAGAAAUGGUUCGAAGGAGACCAGCCCAAACAAUGGGAGAGCACACAAUGCUUUCCUUUCACUGAAGUUAUAACCCCAUAACCCAUGAAAUAUUAUUUUCCAUCCAGGCAUUAUUUGUGGAAUUUGGUGAGGUCAGAUGUGGCAACAGUAUGUGGGGCAGGUUUAAGCCAAGCUGAGUGCUUAUGGAUCAAACUAGAUUGGCCCUCGGAGAGCGAACAUAAUGGCUCUGUUAGUCUUCUCUCGAGGAGGCUAUGCAUCGGCCAUCUGGUUCCAGGGUGAGGAUGGAGGCCAGGACAGGAUGGCUGGUGUGUACCAGAGAUGAUUUUGUUUUUGCAACAAAAAAGGAGUACAUCUUGGAGAACUUUGCUAAAAACAAAAAAAACAUUGCUAUCUGUUGUUUGGAGAAAAAUAAUGAUGUGUGGAUGAGAGAGAAGAUAUUGUAUUAACAGUCAGACAGCUCCUGUGAUUAGUAGGAAAUAAACUGGAAACUCAGCAGAAAGCUUGAAGCUAAGAAAACUUGACAAAGCUUUUAAAACAAAGAAACUGAAUCUGCACAUUGUUAAAAGUACUGCAGGAUUUACAGAAAUGGUCUAAGUCAGAUUUACCUAUUAAAACAUCAGUUAUGCAUUAGCUGUGUCUCCAGCUCCAAUAUAACAUUCUCUCUUUAACCCUGCCAGGGCUCAUGAGAGAGAAUAUUUUCAUGUUUGCCAUCAUAAAAUGUGUAAUAAUAUGAAUUUGUACAAUGUUUGAUAUUGACAUGUAUACUUUAUCCAGUAAA